CUUCUGAUCAUUCACAUACUAUGACUGGAAAUAUCCAUCUAAGAUCUCACACUGCAAGAGAUCCAUCUAAUCCCAAGGAAUCUUCCUCACCCCAUGAAGGUGAUCAAAGAGGUGAAAAUCUUUUCUCACAUACAGUGUGUGGGAAAUCUUUCACUGAAAACAAAAACCUUCUUAAACACCAAAGUAUUAACACGGGUAAGCAAACCUAUUCAUGUUCAGAGUGUGAAAAAUGUUUCAUUCGUAAAGGAGACUUUGUUAAACACCAGAGAAUUCACACAGGUGAGCGACCUCAUUCAUGCUCAGAGUGCGGGAAAAGUUUCACUGAGAAAAGAACCCUUACUCAACACCAGAAAAUUCACUCGGGUGAGCGACCUUACUCAUGUUCAGAGUGCGGGAAAUCUUUCACUGAGAAAGGAGCCCUUGCUAAACACCAGAGAUUUCACACCGGUGAGCGCCCCCAUUCAUGUUCAGAGUGCGGAAAAUCCUUCACUGAGAAAGGAGACCUUGGUAAACACCUGAAAAUUCACACAGGUGAGCGUCCUUAUAUAUGUUCAGAGUGUGGGAAAUCUUUCACUGAGAAAGGAGACCUUGUUAGACACCUGAAAAUUCACACAGGUGAGCGUCCUUAUUCAUGUUCAGAGUGCGGAAAAUCUUUCAUUCAUAAAGUAGUCCUUGUUCAGCACCUGAAAAUUCACACAGGUGAGCGUCCUCAUUCAUGUUUAGAGUGCGGGAAAUCUUUCACUCAGAAAGGAUCCCUUAUUAAACACCAGAGGACUCACACGGGUGAGCGUCCCUAUUCAUGUUCAGACUGUGCGAAAUCUUUCACUAAUAAAGUAUUACUUGUUCAACACCAGAGAAUUCACACAGGUGAGCGGCCUUAUUCAUGUACAGAGUGCGGGAAAUCCUUUGCUUAUAAAGGAACACUUUGGAAACACAAGAUAAUUCACACGGGUGAACGUCCUUAUUCGUGUUCAGAGUGCGGAAAAUCUUUCAUCGAGAAACAUAAACUUCUUACACACCAGAGAAAACAUACUGUGGAGCGUCCUCACUGCUUUAUGACUGCAGGAAAUGUUUUACAGGUAAAAGAAGUCUCAUUAGACAGCACCAGCUGA